UGCUGCUCAUUCUGAUACUCUACAGUAGAAGGACACAAGCCAGCAGAGAAGUAUGCCACGAUACACAGUCCAUGUCCGAGGGGAAUGGAUUGCUGUGCCCUGCCAAAAUAUUACAGACACCGUGAGAUGCCUGGGAAAAGAAGCCAUAAGGCGUUACAUGAAAAAUAAGCCUGAUAACGGGGGAUUUACUUCUGUGGAAGAGAUAAAGUUCUAUGUUCGCCGUUGCAAAGGUCUUGGACUGCUAGAUAAUGAUGAUCCUUUAGAAGUUGCGCUGGAGGACAAUGAGUUUGUGGAAGUUGUGAUAGAAGGAGAUGUGAUGUCUCCAGACUUCAUUCCAUCACAGCCAGAAGGUGUAUAUUUAUAUAGUAAAUAUCGAGAACCAGACCAGUAUAUAUUUUUAGAUGGGGAAAGUUUGACAACAGAAGAUUUAGUCAACUUAGGAAAGGGGCUCUUUAAGAUCAAGCUUACCCCAGAAGCGGAAGCUAAAGUCAGAAAAUCAAGGGAAGUUAUUGAAAGUAUUGUAAAUGAAAAGAGAGUUGUUUACGGGAUCACUACAGGCUUUGGGAAGUUUGCACGAACUGUCAUUCCAAACAGCAAGCUACAGGAACUUCAAGUCAAUUUGGUCCGGUCACAUUCAGCAGGUGUUGGGAAGCCUUUGAUUCCAGAGAGAUGCCGAAUGCUAUUAGCUCUAAGAAUCAACGUCCUAGCAAAAGGAUACAGUGGAAUUUCACUAGAAACUCUUCAGCAAGUCAUUGAAGUAUUUAAUGCAUCCUGCCUGCCUUAUAUUCCUGAGCAAGGAACUGUUGGAGCCAGUGGUGAUUUAGCCCCUCUUUCCCAUCUCGCUCUUGGACUUAUAGGAGAAGGAAAGAUGUGGUCUCCAAAAAGUGGAUGGGCGGAUGCAAAAUAUGUGCUGCAAGCUCAUGGAUUGAAACCAAUUACUCUGAAGCCAAAGGAGGGACUGGCUCUUAUCAAUGGAACACAAAUGAUUACCUCUCUUGGAUGUGAAGCGGUUGAAAGGGCCAGUGCAAUUGCUAGACAAGCUGACAUAGUGGCUGCCCUCACACUUGAAGUUCUGAAGGGGACUACAAGGGCCUUUGAUACAGAUAUUCAUGCCCUGCGACCACAUCGUGGACAGAUUGAAGUGGCUUUUCGAUUCAGGUCACUGUUAGACUCUGACCACCAUCCCUCUGAAAUAGCAGAAUCUCACAGAUUUUGUGACAGAGUGCAAGAUGCAUACACAUUGCGCUGUUGCCCUCAGGUGCAUGGUGUUGUGAAUGACACAAUAGCUUUUGUAAAGGACAUAAUCACAACAGAAAUCAACAGUGCAACAGACAAUCCUAUGGUUUUUGCUGAGAGAAAGGAGACCAUUUCCGGAGGAAAUUUCCAUGGUGAAUACCCUGCCAAGGCUCUGGAUUAUCUUGCAAUUGGUGUUCAUGAACUUGCUGCAAUUAGCGAGCGGAGAAUUGAACGUCUCUGCAACCCAUCACUCAGUGAGUUGCCACCAUUUUUAGUCACAGAAGGAGGUCUGAACUCUGGCUUUAUGAUUGCACACUGCACAGCAGCAUCCCUCGUUUCUGAGAAUAAAGCCUUGUGCCACCCCUCUUCUGUGGAUUCUCUUUCAACCAGUGCUGCAACAGAGGACCAUGUAUCCAUGGGAGGAUGGGCAGCAAGAAAAGCACUCAAAGUCAUUGAACAUGUUGAACAAGUGUUGGCUAUAGAACUCCUUGCAGCGUGCCAGGGGAUUGAGUUUCUACGCCCUCUGAAAACUACAACCCCAUUGGAGAAAGUCUAUGACCUUGUGCGCUCCGUUGUGAGGCCUUGGAUGAAAGAUCGCUUCAUGGCCCCAGACAUUGAGGCAACACAUAGACUGCUUGUGGAUCAGAAGGUAUGGCAAGUAGCCCAACCAUACAUUGAAAAAUACAGACAGGAGCACAUUCCGGAGUCCAGGCCAAUUUCUCCCACUGCUUUUUCCUUAGCAGCAAGUGAAAACUAUUCACGCCACCACCACCACCACAAUGAUUCAAAAGAAGAUUCUGAAUAGUGACAGUCAUCAGACCCGGACCACGGUGCUUCAGUUGCUGGAGCAUCUUGUGCUUUUGAAAUACCUGUCCUUUUGCUCCCUCCACCACCACCACCCGCUGCCCCCCCCCAAAAAAGAAGCCUUCAAAGAACCAAGUGUAAAGCUGGAAAUCUCUGAGGGCAUUGAAAAAGGGGUGGAAGAAGAAGAAAAUGUCAGAAGAAGAAAAUGACCAUGUAUUUUUUAUUUGUAGCAUGAAAUGACUGUGGGUAGGGAUACAAGCCUGGGCAGACAUAACGUGUUUUGUGACUAUAAAGUUAAGUACCCUAAUGUCAAACUGGAAUUUAACUCACUGAUAUUAAAAGACUGGUUUAAUUUAUUCAAGUAAUAAAAUCUAGUUUUGCUAUCUUACAGAA